AUGACGCAGUUUGAAGAAUUGCCCGAGGAAUGCAUAUCCACUAUACUCUCUCGCACUACUCCCGUUGACGCGGGCAGACUCACUCUCGUUUCCAAUACUUUACAUUCUGCUGCCGAUUCUGACGCCGCCUGGAAUCAAUUUCUCCCUUCUGAUUCUCAUUUCAUGGAUUCUAUCGUCUUUAGUUCUCCUUCACUUGCCAACGUUCCUUCCAGAAAGGCUCUCUACUUAGCUCUAUCCGAUCGCCCUAUCAUCAUCGACAAUGGUCUCAAGAGCUUUCAAUUGGAUAGAAAGAGUGGGAAAAUAUGUUACAUGCUAGCGGCUCGAUCUCUUACCAUUGCUUGGGUUGACGAUGAACGCUACUGGAAGUGGAUUUCUAUGCCUAACUCCAGGUUAGCUUAG